AUGAAUCGAUUAGAUCCCUCACAACAACAAUCUGAAAGCUUGGCAUCCAAGUCUUUAUCCCAAACACCAACACCAACACCAUCACCACCACCCUUUUCAACAACUUCAAUGGCUGAUAUUGGAACCGAGUCCGGAAAUCUUUUCCGACUAAAAGACGUCCUCUCAUAUUUUGCUGCUGUCAAAGGCGACCUCUCCAACGUCACAGCCCCUCCUUUCAUUCUCGCCCCUAAAUCCGCCAUUGAGAUUCCAGCCGCCUGGGCAUGUCAUCAUGAUCUCUUCCUCCAACCGGCCGACGAGCCCGAUGCUGGAGUUAGGGCUCUCCUAUUGGCCAAGAACUAUGUUUGCAGUCUGAAGCAACUCGUUGGAGCAGACUCGGCAGAUGUUGGCAAGAAACCAUUGAAUUCCUUCCUCGGUGAACUAUUCCUUGGUGCCUUCUCCGACAAAGCUGGCUCACAAUCACAAUUGAUUAUCGAGCAAGUAUCGCACCAUCCACCCGUCACGGCCUGCUCCAUAUACAAUAGGGAGCGAGGCAUGUCGUCAAUUGGCUUUGUGGGACAAGAAACAUCCUUCAGCCUUGUUAGCGGAGUGACCGUUCGCCCAACUGGCUAUGCUAUCAUAAAGGACGACAAGCACAAUGAGCAGAGCCUCAUGACCAUGCCGACAAUAUUGGUAAAAGGUGUAACAACAGGAAAUCCAUACCCCGAACUAGAAGGCUCGAGCUACAUAGCCAGCUCAAGCGGAUAUCUAACGAAAAUCGGAUUCCACGGCAAAGGAAGACUCGGUUAUGGGCAGAAGAACCAAGUUGUAUCCGAAGUUUUUGCUCCGGGUAACAGAGACAAGCCAUUGUAUCGUAUUACCGGGCAAUGGACGGGCACUUUGACGAUCCAAGACUCAUCAAACACCACCCUGGAGGAGUUUCAUGUUGAUAAAGUACCCAUCUCACCAUUGAAAGUCGCACCUGUAGAAGAACAAACGCCAUGGGAGUCACGUCGAGCUUGGCGGAAAGUUACACAAGGCAUCGAAAAUCACGACUUCGAAAAGGUGUAUGCGCACAAGAGCGCCCUCGAAGAGUCACAAAGAAGACGGCGGCUGGAAGAGCAGAAGAAAGGCGUUGAAUGGAAUAGACUAUUUUUCACUCGGUCUGCGAAAGGGGACGAUACAGCGGCAUCUUUACUUACAAAGAUACCUGAAAGUCUAGAUGGCUUAGAUACAACAAAGACGAACGGUGCCUGGAGAUUCAUCGGGGUUCAAGAAGCAGAUAACCUAAAGUCUAAGUUGAGCAAGGAUACUUUACCAUAG